CACAUCCCCGUAAAGGAGUCAAACACACGUUAGCUAUUAAAAAGCCAAGCAAUCUUCAUCAAAGAGAAAAAAGGACUCCGUCCUGACACAGAAUAUGCACUGGCAAAAAUCUUCUGCUCCAGAACAGCAGCCACAGCCUCGCCCCUAUCAAGGUGUCCGUGUGAAAGAACCAGUGAAGGAGCUAUUGAAAAGGAAACGGGGAAAUGUUCAUAAUGCUGCUGCAACGGCAGCUACAACGGUCGUUUUGCCCCAUCAGCCGCUUCCUUCCUAUUCACCAAUGGGCCAGCCUUGCAUUGAUACGGAUGUUGCUGCCUCUGCCGUGCCUGUCACAGAUGAAGGAGCGCUCUGUUCUGGCUGGAUCUCCCAGCCCUCUCCCACAUCCUUACAGCCUUUAACUCAGUGGACUACUUACCCUGAUUAUGUGUCUCAUGAAGCAGCCAGCUGUCCAUACACAGCAGAUAUGUAUGUUCAACCUAUGUGUCCCAGUUACACACUGGUUGGACCUUCAUCUGUUCUGACUUAUACUUCUCAACCGCUGAUCACCAAUUUUGCACCCCGAAGCACCACCCCCGCUGUAGUGCCUCAGCUUGAGGUGACGGAUCAGCAGCCACCUCUCACAUACUUCCCAUGGGCACAGCCCCUCUCUGCACUGCCAGCCUCCACUUUGCAGUACCAGCCGGCCUCUUCCACUCUUUCUGGGCCGCAGUUUGUGCCCUUGCCAAUCUCCAUUCCUGAACCAGCCCCCCAGGAGCUGGAGGAUGCCAGACGAGUCAUUGGCACACUGCCCAUUGAGAAGCUGCUUCUAGAAGAUGAAGACAAUGAUACGUAUGUUUUAAACCAUGCUCUCUCUGUUGAAGGUCUUUAGGUUGCACAUCUGGGGCCUGAUCCUCACCUACUCAAUACUCCACCUGGCACCGCAGUGAGUUUUGAGUACAGAGGAAAAGACAGUGGGGUGGGAACUUUACUUGUGAUUUCAGUGUCCACCUCUAGCAUGCCAUGACUUGUGUAUUGUGUGAAACUUGCUUUGUCCUGAGGCCCAGCACAAGAUUUCUCUGCUGUUACAGUUCCUGCUGCCUCUCCCAGGCAGGCUUUUCAUACUGCAUAGUUCUUGUGCUUAGCGUCAGCAUGAGGUGACUUUCAUCCUCAGACACAGGGCAUGGUCUCAAAUUGACAUACUAUAGUGUAGCCAUGGCCAACUGUAGCAUUUGGUGAGGGUACACUUGCCUCUAAAUAUUGGCAAGACCUAGUUCAGUAGGACUGAUUUCUAGAGCUCAGCAUAAAUGCCUUGUGAGUGUGUCUUUGUUCUGUCUGUGGAGAAACCUCUACCUGACCUAGGCCACUAGAGAACAUUUGGAGGGCCUAAACUGACAUUUUUCUUUCCUAAAUUGAAUUGCUCCUUUGGAAAACUCAAGUGUAGUUUUGUUCUACUGGUGCAGGUAUCUGCAUUAUUCUGAAAACAGACAUCCCUAUUUACAGACCAUCACAAAGUAGCCUAGAUGAAAGGUUUGAGUUCACACAAAGAUGUAACUUGAAGGUCUCACCUUGUCUGUCAUUGGAAGAGAGCCACGUAGGUGUGGGACAGGAGUUUGGAGUCAUGGUCUUUCAGCUGCAGAAUAUUUUUGGACUCUAAAAUAUCCACCUUUGAGACGGGGGGCUGAUGUUGUGUCUGGCUGCUAAUGCUGCAUGUUCUACCAAUGGACAGAUCCUGGUCCCACUGAAGUCACUGGGAGUUUUGCAUGAGUCAGGAUUGCAAAACAUGGCCCUAUAUCAGGAGAUCAUUGAGAAGACAGGGUCUGGACUUCAGUCUAACAAGGAAUUCAUGUCAUUACCAUUAGCCAGCAAUACUUUCGCUUGUUCUGUAGCAUUUGAGUGUGAAGUCGGUGAUGUCGUGCUGAGCCAAGGAACCUUAGUGACCUCUCUUGUGCCUUACUGCUAUGGAAAGUUUCUCUGUGCUGUAGUCUCCCAGACCCACAGGUGCACACAUUUUCUUUAUAGCUUUCUGAUUUUCUUUCCUGGAGAAUGAGUAGCUUUACUUUUUCCUCUGAUGCAACUGUAAAUAUUAUUGUUGAUGCUCAGGAGUGUCGUGCCACAGUCAAAUAUACUUGCAGGAGAUGCAUCCCCUUCUAACUCUGUUUAUUGCUUUCUUAAUAAACAAGGGGCUCUUGGCUGGUGAACACAAUUUCUCUGGGUUUUUCUGCUUUCUAAAGCCCAGCAUCCGUAGGUGAUUUUAUUCUUUGCAAGACUAACUGCAAAAUAAUUUAUUGCACUAUUACCUGGUGUCCAGCUCUCCAGUUGUCACCCAGGCAAUGUUUUAAGUGACCUUACAGUUUAUGCCUGAGUGAAGUUUGCAAGCUCAGGUUGAAAGUUUCAAGGACUUCCAAAGCAUAUUUUGUUAUUUAAUAUUAACAAAUCGGGAAUACAUAAGCAAUAGAUCAUGUAAGUGAUCAUAAAGUUGUUUGAAAAUAGCAGUAGUUCAGGUGCAUUGAAAUUAGUGGCUUACAUUUGCAGAAAAACCCAGCAAAGAAAUUAAUUACAAGGAGCUUAGUUCACCACUGCUUACUCCAGUUUUAUAAGCACAAAGACAUUCAGUAGGUAAAACUGGGAUAAUGCAGUUGUGAAUCGAGCCUGUGGUUGCUAAGAUUGCUUUUAAAUUUCUUUCACUUCAAUGUAUGUAAAUUCUGUG